CAAAGACACACACAGCUGGCGAGUGUACAGUAGCUCCUCCUCGCCGACGUUUGUUUCCUGCGACAUAGAAAGCGAGUCAGUCAGUCAGCGGGGCUCACUUUCACGAGGACGCGGGCCCUUCAGUCAGAGACAGAAAAAAAAUCAAUCGCCGUCCUUUAUGUCGUUUAUGGAACUUCACUCUUCUUCGGCUGAUUCAUGAAAUUUAAACUACGGCGACAGGACUGCGCGUGAACGCGGCCGCUGCAGAUGACCAAGUGGCUGUCCACCAGUAUGGCCAGUACACAACAAGGUGCUAGAGACUUCAUCCAGAACAACUGGGACAAAGCCGUAGCGGGCCUUAACCACGUACAUCUGCUGUUACCGGGACUGAGAACCACAAGGGUCCUGGAUGAAAAUGAAAUCAGCGACAUUGAUUCAUGUAACGAGAGAUUUGAGAAGAACAGAAAAGUUUUGGGCAUGAUAGUAAAAAAAGGCAACGCAGCCUGUGAGGUGUUUCUGAAUCUACUGGAUACAAAAAGAAAAUGGAGCCUUGAUGGCGGAGCACACCACUGGAUCGACUGUUUUAACUUUGAUGAUAGUUCCAGCAAGGAAGAGCAAUCUCCAAGCAGCCUCUCACCUGGAGAAGGCUGUAGUUUAUGGCCGGUUGGCUGUUCAAAAACAGAAUACUCGACGCCCCCAAAGAGCGGUUAUUCUUCUGAAGUUUCCAGUCAGCAUCUAGAAUCGGCGCAAAGGCCCUCAGACAGUCUACUAUUGAACAUCUCAUUCACGCCGCCCGAACCAGCCUCUCCAGGCUUACUGACUCAGAUACUCGGGGUUCACCACCGUUUGCAUCAUCACCCGGACUUCUCACCCAAAUAAUCGGUGAACCUGAAAGAUUUGAUCCCACUGCUAAGGCUGCUGUACUGAAGGCUGAAAUCGAACGAGUGCUGUUGAUUUUUCAAAGUGCAUUACCGGACCUUUUACCACUGUCUCCAGAUAUACUGUAUGUGAAAAGGUUAUUUUAUUGUAUGCAAUUUUAGAAAACUUGUUCCCCAAAUACUAUCUGGCAAAAGGCGUGCAAGUGAGGACUUGGACGCUGGGAGCGGUUCUCAAAAUGCUGGUUUAUUACAAAAUAUGGCGAAUGAACUCCGCUAUUCUAUUCGGCCCCCAAAAAUGCCUACUCCACCACCCCGAUAUUUUAAUGAAUUGGAAUAUAUUAAUUGGCAAAAUCAAAACCUGUUCCAAAUGAAUAAUAUAAUAGCGGCCAUGAGAGUUCCUUCACCUGUUACCACUCCCAUCGACUUUGACCAGCGUGACAGCCUUUUAGAAGCCCUACGUCCAGUAGCCACCCCCGAUGAAAUGCAAACAUUAAAUAACUUGUUAGAAAGGGUUUAGCGGUCUUUGAACGAAAAUGUGAAUGCUCAAAUGGGUUAUGGUUUAACAAACACGUUGGGUUCUGUAAAUGCUGCCCCCUCUCACAUUAUGGCCACAUCAGUCUCGGUUACCCCCUUGGCUACAUCUGUACCUUCUGCUCAAGUCUCCUCGGUCUCUGUUACUUCAGCUAACCCUUCUGGGCCCUCUGCUUCAGCAUCAGUUGCUAACACCUCUUCUUCAGUCUUGCCCUCUGUUUCUAUCCCCUCUGUCUCUUUUAUUUCAGCUAUCCCUUCUGCUGCCAAGCCGUCUACUUUAGUAUGCCCCUGUGCCCCCUCUGUUCCAGUCCUUGUAGCUCCCACUUCUGCUCCCUCUGUCCCAGUCACUGUAUCUUCAGGCCCUGUCUCCUCUGUUUCAGUCCCUGUAGCUACCACUUCUGCUCCCCUUGCUUCAGUCUUGUCCCCUGUUUCAGUCAUGGCUUCCUCAGUCCCUAUUGCACAGCCAUUUGCAGCUUCCCCUUCAACCUCUUCAAUCGCGCCAGUCAUGUCCGGUGGUUCUGUGGUAUCUAAACCUUCACCCUCGUCUACUUUAGGCAUGGCCGGGCCCUCUGCUGUCUCUAGUAAUGAUGGUCAGGGUGUUUUUCAGCAGAUCGACAGACCUGCUUUUAAUCACACUGAAAUAAGACACCCCUUAAAUUUCGCCAAUGCCUAUGAACUAGAGUCUUACGAGGAGGUGUUUAACAGUAUUCAUGAGACGUUGCAAAGAAUUCUCGAUAGUUAUUCAGGAACUUUAAAUCCACAAGAUUUUGUACAGCUAGAAUUGCAUGCUGAUUCAUUACCUCUCAGCGUUUUAUACAGUUGACUGGCACUAAUAUUAAUGUAGGCGGUUUUUUCAGCAGAUAGAGAAUCUUCUUCAGAGUCAUGCGAGUGUGUUGGCUGAUGAGUCUCUGAUGCUAGUCACUCAGAUUGUUCAGUCACCUAGUGGGGGCGCUCAUGGCGCCCGCAAGGUAUCAUCUCUACUCAACCAUGAAAUAGUUAGAAAGAAAAUGAAGCAUUUAAUUAUUUCUUAUAAUUACGGGAAUCAGCUCUGUUUUGCCUUUUGUCUGCUUAGCCUAAUGGAUGACCGGUACAUGCAAAACCCACAGUUAUACAUGCGUUAAGCGUAUAACCUUCAGAGCGGGGCUGGAUUAUCUGAGCAUGAAAAAGUGUCCUUUGCGGACGUUUAUAAAUUUGAAAACUUGCUGGGUAUUAAAAUUGUUGUCUAGUACAGAUGUCUAAGAAAUGAGAAAUUUUUAAAAUUUGAAAGCUCCCGAGGUAGAAACCCCAAAACCUAUUUUAUGUUUUUACACGACAACCAUUACUACGGUAUUUUGAAUGGUAUUUUUAAAGGGGUUUCUGGGGGUGAAAUACUUGUGUGACUACUGUUACACAAGCUACCACUCAAUCCUUAGCCAUCGUUGUGAAGGUCACUGCAACGUGUGUUUCUCCCCAGAUUGCCGUCCGAUCCCUGAAGAACUUGUCAAGUGUGGUGAUUGCAACCGUUACUGCCGGUCCCAAUUUUGUUUUAUUCAGCAUACGAUUCCUAAAUUUAACGACAAGACCAACGAUAUGGAAGCGGCCUGUGACACUGCAAAAAUGUGUCCCGUGUUACAAAACUUACACAGUGAAU